AUGCUUAAUAAUCGUAGCCACGGUCGAGGCAGGUGGUGGUGGCUUGACCGACUUUUAAAGAGACCUUGGGGGGAGUUGGGCGGCAUCUUCAGUUAGACAUUGGCCUCCGUAAGACGAAGAGUCGGAAAAAAGAGCUGAAGGGUGCGACGAAGAGAGACGGUCCUUCACGAACGAUCCUCUUGCCUCCUGCACGAAAUUUUUCGUCUGCUGUAUCUAUCGUCAGUGAAAACAGGCAACACAGGUCAGUGAAAACUUCAAAAUGAAAGAACUCUCUAGUUUCGUUAAUUUCUUCUCUUGUCUCUCUGCGAGAGACGCUUGCAGUUUCCUCGUUAAUGCAAUCGUGCUCGCGAACGUACCUUCUCGUCAGAUUCUUAAUUAAGACAGAAAUCCUUAAUUAAUUAAUUCCCCGGCUUUGAUGCUAGUUUUUCCUCGUUUUUAAUUAUAUUCGACGCCCUACGAGCUGAAUUCGUCCGACAGAGUUCAAUUUUCCACCAGGUUUAUCAAAUAAAAUAUCAGGUAGCGCACCGAAUCCGGAAGGAUAAAUCGAUCGGAAGCGUAUACCUACGUGUAUCACCGUUCCUCGCUACAUAAUGUUCCGCGAUAAAGUCGAUUCACGCACGUGCGUGCUUCCUGAAGCGCGGUUGUUUCAGGUACCAUUCGAGCGGUAAACUUCUCGAGAAAGAGAGAGACAUCUCCGGCCAUGACCGUGAUUUAGGUCAACCGGUCGCAGACAAGAGGUUAGCGCGCGUCGCGACGAGCACGUCUGCUGAAACAAGAGGUAAACGUCGUUUCUCUUGACGAGUUCGCUGCUCGAAAUGAUUGAUCCCAUGGCCGAGGACCAGCCGCGCGUUUCACCCUCUGUUUCGCCUCUAGUUAUCGUUAACGAGCGUGAACACGUGGCCGCGCAUUGUUCUGGCAUCCGGCAGCUCUGCGUGACCACCGGCGUUCCGUUAGCUUUCCUCCUUUAUCCGAGCUCCGCGGAUAAACCUCGAUACAUACGUUUAAUAAUUGGCAGUUGUUCCAGUCGAGAAACGAACGAGACAAAGAAACAAAGGCUUGGCAAAUCGCGGACAGGGGACGGUGGUCCUCGUUGAAAUUUCAUCGAAAUUUUAUCGCUGAGCAAACGAUGGAUAUCGCGUUCGAAACGCGUCGAAAUAAUAUUAACAUACAUCGACGCGAGAUCUUUCGUUUGAGUUAAGCAGCAGGGGAAAUACUUGGCGAAUGCCAAGUGCACGGUCGACUUUCGCGAUGCGAAUGACGAACAGGCGCGCGUGUCCGUGCAUAUUUAGAGAGUAAACUUCGUAGAAUAUCAACUACGCUCGUUUUACAUACUCGUCGUGCCUUGCCUUGCAGAACCAGGGGCGAAGAUGCGGCUGUCGAUGGUUGUCGAACUGUUGCUGAUCCUCCUUCUGAUCGCGUUCGCCGCUUACGGCCGAGUGAUCGGUAAUGAUUUUCAAGAGUUUCCACAUUGUUAACGUCAAUUCUUCUAACGGCCUGGCAAUUUCACGUGAAUGGUUGGCUUCACUUUGCCGAAAGGAAACGUUUAUUGCAAGGAUUAAAGUUAAUAAGAGAUAUAAUGCUGAAGGAUGAAGUCACUCAUCCGAACGUAACUGAAAAAUUUACAUUUGAAAAUAUUAAAUGAAUGUCAUUGCGCGUGUUCGUAUAAUCUGAAACGUAUGAUUAGCUUAAUGUAGAAGACAGAAUUAUAAAAUAUACUUGGUUUUAUCUUCUUCCGCUUCCUCUUCGUAAAUAAGGGAGAAAGUACGUGUAUGAAUACACAACGAAAAAUUAUUAAUUCCAUAGAACGCGGCGAGAAAGCAGAAGAAAGAGCAAUUAAGGACGUGAAACAGAGUAACAUCGGGAUAUCGACGUUAUCGUUGAAACAGGCAACCGACAACGUGAACAGAUACUGCACCUGCAACGAGAACAUAUGCAAUUGUUGCAGAGACUUCCACAUACCGCUGGUGCAAUUACAAGGACCAGAAUCCCAAGCCCGUGUGCGUACCGUUACCCGGAGGGUUCACGAAAUUCUGCGGUCGAAUUUAUUCCAUUAAACGGGACGCGAAAAAUCACUUCAAGGCCUGCCUUGGACUGGAGUUGCAGUCAGCAACGGAACUCGAAGCUAGCUUACGCGUUAGCUGCUUUAGAUUUGGCCCCGACGGUCUAAAGUUACGUCCAGCGGAACCACUUCCGGUAGUCGAAGCUGAGGUCUCGCAAGAAGAGGACGACGAUUUCUUUGGCUUGGAUUCGGACGAUGACGACGAGGAUGAGGACGAUGCCGAGGAUAAUGCACCGUUGACCAACUCUGUGCCAACCUCUUCCACAGAAGAGGACGAGGAAGAAGACGACGACGAGGAUGUGCUCGGGUUCGGGGCUCUUUUGGACAUCAUAACCGGCGACGACGAGACCGCAACGAAGAAACCCAAAGUGACCACACCUGCGCCUCUUCUGCAGUUCACGAUUCCAAUUCUAAAUAGACCGACGCCGCCGAUAGUGAAUUCGAACGUCGGAGACAACGUUGCCACGAACGACUCGGAACAACAGAACGAGGACAGUCAAGAAUCCUUGAACGUGGAUGAAGAAGGUAGUGCCGAGGCGAGUGAAGAGUCUGCAGUCGCCGACACAGCGGCUAACGAGGCCGAAGCAGUCGUCACGGACGUCUCCAACAAGAUAGCUUCCUUCGCGAAGCCGGAUAAAACACCGACCAAGAAAUUCACGGCGUCGGAUGCAAAUAGGAAGAAGCCUAGCAUUGCGAGUUCCAGCGCCAACGCGAUCGAGAACGAGACGAAUAAGAAGAAGAAACACGCGAAGAAACCGGUCAAAGGUGAAGAAGAAGACAACGACGACGAUAUUUUGGAGGAUAGUCUAGACGAUGACGACGACGACGACGAAGACGAGGAGAUUUUGAACGAAGACGACGAGAAGGACAACGAGGAAGAAGAGGACGACGAUGAGAACAUUGACGGACAUGAACACGAGAAUCACGAGCACGAAGACGAGAAGGCUGAGGUUGAAGAUUUGGACGACGACGACGACGACGAAGAAGAAGACGCGGUGAUCAGCGCGUUGGUUUACGAUGAAAAAGAGAAUGAAAAGAAGAAAGGUAAGGUGAAGAAGCACCAUCAGUCGUCCGAAGUUUACGACGAUGAUUCAGACUACGAAUUAGGCUUGACCGGACUUUUAGCAAGAAACAGGCAUUCGAGAAACAGUGAACAAACGAAAUUCUGA